AUGGAAAUUGGGUCGGCCCAACUGAUCAAUCAGUUGGCAGACGUGACCGCCGCCGAGGUGACCUUCUGCAACGGCCACCGCGUCACCACGAUCAUCACCAGCACCGCCGGCUUUGUCGCUGGCUGGAUAAACGAAGUGAUCCAAUCUCACAUGCCCCCUGCCAGCGCCAAUGGUCGCGUAGUCGUCGGCCUCCACGUUAGGCACUACCGCAGCGACGCUAUUGCCAUCCUCCAGCUCUGCGUUGGCAAUCAGUGCCUCAUCUACCAGCUGAUGCACCGCCGUGACGCCGGCCCCCCUGACAGGCUCUAUGAGUUCCUCGAUGAUGACCGGUUCUGCUUCACUGGUGUUGCUGUUGAGCGGGCCGUGAAUAUGCUGCGGAUGCAAUUCGGCCACACGGUGAGGGUUUGGGCGGACCUGGGGGACGCAGCGUCGAGGAGGCGUGCAGAUUUGCGGUGGGCCGGGCUGGACCAGCUGGCGAGGGAGGUGAUGGGGGUUGUGAUAAUGAGGACGAACGAAGUGCGGUGGUCCUCGUUGCUCGUGCCAGUGCUGCCCAUGGAGCACGUCCCGUUAGCAUGCGUCGACUCCGUCUUCUCCUACGAGCUCGGCAUGAUUCUGUUAAGUUCUCCAUCCAUUUCUUGA